ACGGAUUUCUCGAGAGAUGGGUAUUCGUCUUCCCUAAGUGAAAGUGAAUGGCUAUGGAGGAGGAAGCUUGCAUCCGCUGCUCCACGAUACGAUAGCGGCGGGGCGAGGAAAGAGGGGAAAUAAAAGCUUCUCGGUGUUUCUGCCAUGGCCAUCGCGGAUUCUCUGUCUUGGGCGGCGGCGGAGGUGAGAAUUUUCGCGGCAAUUGGCAGGAGUCGAGGCGAUCGGCCAAGAGCAUCGGGUUGAGCGAUCGGCCUAGAAACUAGGAGGAGGAAUCCAGAGAAAGCCAACAAACAAGGAGAAAAAAAUGGGAGGUGCUUGCUCGAGAAAGAGAGACCAAAGGGAAGGAGACCUUGACGAUGGCUAUGGUGGCUCCGCGAGAUUUAGUCGCAGCUUCUACUUUCGCUGGCCUUCCAGGAACUUUGAGAGGGAUAUUAGCGACGAGCAAGACAAUGCAAACAAGGCUCCAUCGCUCCUGGAGCUUGCAGUGCGAGAGACUUGUAAGAACACACAAGGUAUCAAAUCGUUUGAGAAGCUGCCGAGGGAUUUAACGCAGAAGAUCCUCAACGAGCUCGUCCAGACUCAAGCUCUUUCUCGAGAGCUCUUUCAAGCUUUCGAGGACUGUGCCAUCCAGGACAUUUAUCUCGGCUACUAUCCGGGUGUUGAUGAUAGCUGGAUGGAAGUCAUAGGCUCGCAGAAGUUUUGCUUGCUAGCGGUGGAUUUUUCUGGUUCUAUGGUUACGGACGAAGGCGUGCAGUGCCUUCAAAUCUGUGAAAACGUAGAGAUCAUCUGCAUGAACGAAUGUAAAUACAUAUCAGACAUUUCUCUGAGCUACUUCACAGGCUUCACGAAUCUUACGUCGUUGAGCUUCCAAAAGAACAAACUUAUAACUCCGGCUGGGAUGAGACACUUGGCUGGUCUCCCAAACCUCAAGCACUUGGAUUUGGAGCGAUGUCCAAAGAUUCACGACGGCCUUGUUUAUAUCAAAGGACUCACAAAGCUGGAGAAACUAAAUCUCGGAUGGUGCAACUGCAUCCGGAGCUCCGACAUGAAGCAGCUUUCUGGUUUAACCAACUUGCUGGAACUCCAAAUCUCCCGAAGCAAAGUCAAGGACUUUGGAAUCACCUUCUUGAAAGAUUUGAAGAAACUCGAAGUACUAAACAUGGAAGGCUGCCCAGUGACUUUUGCCUGCAUGGACACGAUUGCUGGUUUGACUUCCUUGACAACUCUCAAUCUCAAGUCCUGCUACAUCUCAGAUUUCGGCUGCCGAAAACUCGAAGGCCUCGGAAACCUCAAGAACUUGAAUCUGAGCUACACAAAUGUGAGCGACGCUGGAAUGGUGUACCUCAAAAACCUCAAGAGUCUCCAGUUCCUAAACCUUGACUCGUGCAAGAUCGGAGAUCAAGGAGUACAGAACUUUAAAAACCUUGUAAAUCUCAAGAGCUUGGAUCUUUCCGACUCGCUGAUUGGGAACCAUGCUCUCAACUUCCUCACGGGCCUCUCGAAGCUCGAGAGUCUAAAUAUCUCGUCCACAAUGGUGACGGACAUGGGCCUGCACAAGAUCUCAGGCUUAACAUCGCUCAAGUCUUUGAACAUUGACUCACGACAGAUUACUGACACCGGCCUCAUGGCCCUCACAAGCUUAACUAAUCUUACGCACCUGGAUCUGUUUAGCGCUCGCAUCACGGACUAUGGCAUCGGCAGCCUUCGACAUUUCAAGAAGCUACAGUCCCUGGAGGUCUGUGGUGGUGGAAUAACAGACGUAGGUGUCAAGAGCUUAAAAGAUCUGACAGAUCUUACGUACUUGAACCUCUCGCAGAAUGGUCAGCUGACUGACCAAGCCUUGGAGGCUCUCUCGGGCUUGACGAAGCUCGUGUCGCUCAACGUCGGGAACUCGUCCGUGACGAAUGCGGGGCUGCAGCACUUGCUGCCGCUCAAGAAUCUCACGUCGCUGGCGCUCCAGUCGUGCAAGGUGACGCUGUGGGCGAUCCAGAAGCUGCAAGCGUCGUCGCUCCCCAAUCUGGUGAUCGUCCGACUGCGGUGAAAUGAAAUCAUCCACCCUUGCGAUGAAUCGAUCGGAGCACGAAGAACACUGAAGAAGAAAACUCGCUGUAAAUAAGUACGUUUGCAACUCAAGCUGUAGAUACACACAAUGGAAAGAAAGAAUUCGUUUGCGCAAA